AUGGACGCCGCCGUCUCCCUCUCCCUCUCCCUGCCCCUGCACCACCACGCCCACGGCGCGCUCCCGCUCCCGCUCCCGCUCCCUCUCCCGGCGCCCAACAAUCACCACUACUGCGCGGUCCCGCUCAGCCACCACUCCUCCGCCGCCGCCGCAAACGCGCCGUCGUCCAAGGCCCACGCCCAGGCUCCUCCCGCGGCGCGCCUGAGCCUCGCCGUCGCCGCGCGACCCCGCUCGUCGUCGUCCCCGGCGCUCGCCCCAAACCCGGCCCCGGCCCCGCCCGCCGCCCGCUCCUCCAGCCGCGCCGCCACGGGGUACGCGGCCGCGCUGGCCGACGCGUGCGCCCGUGCCGGCACGCUGCGCCGCGCCGCGCGCCACGCGCGCGCGCUCCUCCACUCCCGGCCAGGGCGGCGGCUGGAAGCGGACGCCGACGCCCCGGUCGCGGGGCAGCAGCUGGACGCGCGGGUGGCCGCGCUCGUCAGGAUGCUCGUCGCCAAGGGCAAGACCGGGAUGGUCGCCGAGGCCCUGGCCGAGUUCGCCGCCAUCUGCGACCACCUGCUGCCGCACCAGCCGCGCCACGCCUACUAG